AUGAAAUCGAUACCCAAGAUCAAACUAACACUCAAGGCACCAAAACCUACAAUCGCGAAUCCUAUCCAUGAACCAGCAAAACCUCAAUUCAGCUCGUUUGCGGAGUACUUGAAAUCAUUCGUCGUGUUGGAUGAGGAUGACGUGGAUAAAGAGCGGCUGGAGGAAUUGAUUGAGGAGCAAGCUGCAACCCGGAAUCGAAUUGAAGAAUUACGCGCCAAAGGACUUCUUGAUGCACCAGCACCGGUAUUCAAAAAGCAAGUUGAACCGCCACGCGACCCUGAUCAUCAGGAUGCAUUACUCGCUCAUGCCGUGAACUUUUCAAAACUCAUGUCUAAUGAGCGCCGGUCGAACAUAUCUCGUGCCAAGAAGAUUGCUGGUAUGGUUACAGCUUACUUCAAACGCCUCGAAGGAGCAGACGAGAAGGAGCGCAAGCUGGAGGAGAAGCGUAUUCGUCAACUCGCUAAAAGGACCGUGCAGGAUGUGAAGAAGAAGUGGAAGCUGGCUGAAAAAGAGGUCUUGAGGAGGAGGGCCGAAAGAAUUGCGGAGGAACAACGAAAAGAAGGAAAGAAGCAUCUCAGCAAGAUCCUGGAACAUUCAACUCAGCUUUUGGAGAGACGCGAUACCUUUGGCAAUGUCCCAGAUGUGGAGGACGAGGAGAUGGAAGACGGCGAUGAGUAUCAGUCGGAUAAUCCGUACGCGGCUGUGCCUGACUCGGAACUAACGGUGGAGCAGCUACGGGUAAAAUACGCAAGCGUAUUGACUACUACGCCUGGUGCCAUGGAUUCAGAUGACGAGUCUGCAACUGACAGCGAUGACGAGUCAGGAAACGAGGAGGAAGAGGAGGAUCAGGCUACACUCGAAAUCUCGGCUGAAGACGCUAAACGAUACGAGGAGGCGAUGAAGCUGAAGCUGGACCAGGGAGCUCCCGAAAUCGUCGACGAAGACGAUUUUGAUGAGCUGAUGGAUUCGGAGGACGAAGAUGAGGACAGCGAGGAGGAGGAGGACGAAGAAGAGGAAGAUGAAGGACCUGGAUUGGCCAAAGAUGAGGAGGAUGCUGAAAGUGAUGGAAGCGAGAAAUGGGAAGGUCCUGGCUUAGCCGCACUUCUAGAUCCCAUACCAAAAGCGAAGGAUGAUGUGCCACCACCGGCCGUCAAUGGCGAAGCCAUCGAGCCUAUUGGUGAGCCUAAGUUGCCUCCUGGUAAUGAGGCUGAGCAGGCUGAGGUCGAAGCGACUGUCGUUUCGCCUAAAGCUGCUUCUUCCACCAUUGACACGACACAAAUUCCAUUCCUCCUCCGCGCUACCCUUCGUGAGUAUCAGCAUAUCGGUCUGGACUGGCUUGCGAACCUAUACAACAGUUCUACGAACGGUAUCCUCGCUGAUGAAAUGGGUCUCGGUAAGACCAUCCAGACCAUCUCUUUGCUGCUCUACUUGGCUUGUGAGAAACAAAUCUGGGGUCCACAUCUCAUAGUCGUUCCGACAUCCGUUAUGCUGAAUUGGGAAACGGAGUUUAAAAAGUUCGCGCCUGGUAUGAAAGUGAUGACUUACUACGGUAAUCCCAACCAGCGUAGGGAGAAGCGUCGUGGAUGGUACAAGAAGGAUUCGUUCCAUGUUUGUAUCACGUCGUAUCAGCUCGUCAUUCAAGAUCAGCAGCCAUUCAAGAGGAAGAAGUGGCAGUACAUGGUCCUUGAUGAGGCUCACAACAUCAAGAAUUUCAGGUCGCAGCGAUGGCAGACGUUGCUGAACUUUAAUACGGAACGCCGUUUGUUGUUGACUGGUACUCCUCUUCAAAACAACCUCAUGGAGCUGUGGUCGCUGCUAUACUUCCUCAUGCCGAACGGUGUAUCCGAGAAUUUGCCAGUUGGGUUCGCGAAUCUUUCCGAGUUCCAGGAAUGGUUCGGUAACCCGGUCGACAAGAUGGUCGAGAAUGGUGCUCAGUACGCCGACGAUGAGGCGAAGAAGACCGUUACGAAGCUGCACACCGUCCUUCGUCCAUACAUCCUCCGUCGGCUCAAGGCAGAUGUCGAGAAGCAGAUGCCGGCCAAGCACGAACAUGUCAUCUACUGUCGUCUUUCUAAGCGUCAGCGAUACUUGUACGACGACUUUAUGUCUCGUGCGCAGACGAGAGAGACACUCGCUUCUGGUAAUUUCUUGAGUAUCAUCAAUUGUUUGAUGCAACUGAGGAAAGUUUGUAACCACCCUGAUCUUUUCGAGGUCCGUCCAAUUGUUACGUCCUUUGCGAUGCCCAAGUCUGUGGUUUCAGGUUACGAGAGUGAAGAGCUUUUUGUUCGUCGCAGGUUGUUGACGGAUGACACUUUCAAAACGGUGGAUCUGAAUUUCAUGAACCUCGUCAUCACCAACAAUGAGGAUCUGUCUCUCACCGACGCAUACCGCUCCAUGCAGUUAAACGCCGGUGGAUACAUCGUUAACGAAUGCAACGAAGUCCACGCCAAGAUCGACUUCGCCAUGAAGCCUGACUACACCUCCAUCGAGAAGCACGCCAAAUACAUGGCCAAUGAACGCAAACUCAGUCUCCUCAUGCGUAUGGAAAUGUUCCUCUAUGUCUCCAGUCUCCGUACCGCACGCAAACCAAUUUACGGACAAACCUUUAUCGAGAUGUGUCGUAAACCGCCGAGGGCAGGGUUUGAGAUAACUGCGAUGCAUACGAGGUAUAGGAAUCCUGUUGAUGGGUUUUGGAGGACUUCGAAUGCGUUGAGGGAGAUGGUUGUUACUUUGCCGGAGAGGGUGGAGAGGAUGUCGACCGUGGUUGAUAAGUAUGCGUGUAUCACACCUGCCGUCGUUGCUCGCGAUCUCCCGUCCCUCGCACUUCGCGGCCUUCCAACCCCCGUGGUCGAGGAACUCCGAACGAAGGAAGAGGAUCCCCUCCACGACGCCCGCACAAAGCUCUCAAUCGCAUUCCCUGACAAACGUCUUCUGCAGUACGACUGCGGCAAGCUCCAAAAGCUCGCUGUCCUUCUCCGGGACCUCAUCGCCGGCGGCCACCGCGCCCUCAUUUUCACUCAAAUGACCAAAGUCCUCGACGUUCUCGAACAAUUUCUCAACAUCCACGGACACCGCUACCUCCGUCUUGAUGGUGCUACAAAGAUCGAGCAACGUCAAACUCUGACAGAACGGUUCAACACUGACCCACGUAUCCCUGUCUUUAUUCUCUCCACCCGUUCUGGUGGAUUGGGUAUUAACUUGACGGGUGCGGAUACGGUCAUCUUUUACGACUCGGACUGGAACCCAUGUAUGGACCGCCAAUGCCAAGACCGCUGUCAUCGUAUCGGUCAAACCCGCGACGUCCACAUCUACCGCUUCGUCUCCGAACACACCAUCGAAGAAAACAUCUUCCGCAAAGCAAACCAGAAGCGGAUGCUUGACAACGUGGUCAUUGGCCAGGGUGAUUUCACCACGGAUUGGUUCGGGCGGGUUGGGUGGCGGGAUAUGCUCGGUGAUGAUAUUGAGAUUAAUAUCAAGGAGGGGGAGGGGAUGAGGGGGAAGGUUGUGGAGAGUGCGUUGGCGCAGGCGGAGGAUGAGGAUGAUGCUGUUGCAGCACGGCUUGCGGAGAGGGAAAUGGAGACUGAUGUUGGUGACUUUACCGAACGUGAUCGGGAGAAGGAGAGGGAGAGUUCGAAGGCGGUGGAGACGCCAGGUGUUGGGACGCCUGCGCCUGUCGGGACUGGAGGGGAGGCGGAGACGGAGGCGGAGGUGGAGAUUGGGGACGUUGAUACAUAUAUGAUUAACUUCUUGGAGAGGGAGGGGAUUAUGGAUGAGUGGUAG